CAGCGGUACAAUCUUCUUCAGCUUGAUCAGCGAAGAAGUCGGCUUUAAAAACCAGAAUUCGGAGUAACUUUACUUUACAAUCCAAUGACAAUGUCAUAAUCGAUUAUGAGAGCAUGCCAUGGAUUACACACUGUAGUGUUAGAACGAGGCAUCAUACUUCAGCUCAUGACAUUGGAUUCUAAAGAGAAACUAUGGCCACGAUUAAUCAAGACCUAACCAAUGGCACAGAUCCUCCUAAUGGAGAAACAUGUAAUGCCACAGCGAUGACUGCAGACAACCCUUUAAGCAGCGAAGAUAUCAUUCUCCAGACCUUGAAGGAGGGUAUAGGUACACCUGAUGAAGCGCAAGGAUCCAGUGGUAGCAUUCAACAGAGCCAGAGGACAGUAUCACCUGAUAAUCCUGCAGGCAGCAGCGACAACAUUCUUGAGGGCAACUGGGAGAUGGAUGCAGAAAGCAAUUUAGAACUGAGAGGAACUGAGCAGAACCAGAAACCAACUCCAAGAGUUUUCACCGCAGGAGAAGGAGAGAUUGGGGGUUACCAUGGUGAGAGUCAUCUUUCCAUGAGGAUGUCCUCAGCCUGCAAAGGGCCUCUGAAGGAUGUUGACAAGGAUCAUCCUCAAAUUUGGGCAUUACUCCCAAAGGACUACGACUACCACAUCUGCGCCAUCGAGAUUCCAGAUCCAGAUAAGCCAGACCAGUUUAAGAUCGGUUUUCGUUUACCCAUCAAGACUGAAAAGGAGAUGGAUAGAUGGAUCGAGGAAUACCAGAAGGUCAGCUAUACCCAGUAUCGGGUUGGACGUGGCAAUCGCAAAUCGAAGGCUGUCCGCAUUCUUUACCAAAGACACCUGAAGUGCCAGCACAACAUCAUUCCAAGGAAGAAAGGUGAAACACCGAAAAGAUCUUUAACCGAUCGGAGCAGUGCUUGGCGUGGUCCCCAGCAUACCGGAUGCCAAGCCAAGCUGAAUAUUGCCAUCAGGGUUUACAUCAAGGAAAUCUCAAAGAAUCGUCUCAGUAGGAAUCGAGACGUCCAUAUGCCCAACUACCCGGCCAUGAUCUCGAUCACACACAUCCACAACCACGAGACGAAGAGCAAGUACGCGCUUCGCUUUCGUCCCGUGGACAAGACGAUGGAGGAGUUCUACACGGAUCUCUUCAAAGCAGGUCAUAGCGCCCUCACGGCAUGGAGUUUCUUCCAGUGGAAGCGCUGGGCGGAGUACGGAAUAGACUAUGAGAGGAUGGUUAUGGAUAGGGCGUACAAUCCGGAUAUGGCUUAUGUAUACAGGAUUUUCUAUCGCAUGAUCAGAGAGAGGAAACCCCACCUGAUGAAACCAGUCAAGUCCUCCAAGCAACGCAGCGUGGGCAUGGUCCAGACCAGCACCCCUGCGACCUUGGGCGCCACAACCCUAGGGGUGUCCUCUACCAGUGGACUUACCAACGGUGGACUCCCCAACGGCCUCGGUACCGAGGUCAUCAUGGAGGGGGAUGAAGGUGAAGGAGACGUCCCUCAAACAAAGCGGAUGAAACUUGAUGUUGGAGGGAACAGAGUUAUAGAAGCAGAUGUGAUCAAGGACAAUUCAAACUCGGGAAUCAUUUUCAUGGAGACGUCUUCUGUCAUGGCCAGCUCCGGCCUCCUCAGUAGCACCACCUUGAACAAUUCAAACCAAGAAUCCGAGACGUUUGCCGAAGAAGAAAUAUUGGAGGAGGAGGAAGAAGAUUCUAAAGACUUUUUUGCACAUGGCUUCAGAACACGUAUCCGUGGUAAGAACCUGAAGCGGAAGAACCUUGUGAACCUGAAGGAACUCUAUGAAGACUUGGAGCAGCUGAUAUCAAAGCAUGUCAACGAGGUUCACCCGGCUCAUGCACACCUUGCAAGGAUCACAGGUGACAGGGACGAUAUGAUCAUUGCGAUCUGUACCCCGCUCAUGAGACGGGCCCAUGGGAAUCUCCCCGCAGCAGGUGAACUCUGUAUCCUCGACGGGACGUACCAGAGCUUUGGUCAGGUCAUGUGCUACGUGGUGUCCUUCAUGGUCCCAACCAACGCUGGAGGGAUUCCUCUAGGGUUCCUGGUCCUGUCGUCCAUGGACCAGGUCUUCAUUACACAGGGCUUAGAACUCUUCAAGAUGCUCAUUCCUGAUGAUGCCUUCGGGUGCAGAGGACGAGACGGGCCAUCGUUCUUCUUGACCGAUGAGGAGCACUUCAAGCUGGAGGUCGUCCAAGCGACCUUUCCCAAUGCCAAUGUCCUGAUUAGUCCCUACCAUCUGAUCACAAUGACGUGGAGAUGGAUGGCUGAUCCGAAGAGACGGAUCCAGACCAAGCACCACGCUGCCAUCUUUGGUUUCGUCAAGGACUUGGUAAACAGCCAGUCAGCUGAAGAGCUAAACAGCAUACAUGUCCAGAUCCUCAACAGUGAGGUCAAUAAAACGUACAGGGAGUUUGCCCCGUUUGUGAUAGCUGGUAUCGUGAACCGAUGGAACGAGUGGAUGCUACCCGAUAACCAUCCCAUCCACACGAUGGGCGUGGGGUCGUGCCCCUGGCAGAAGGUCAUGAACUGUAUGAGAGACAGGGUUCUGAUGAAGGGAAGACACUUCAACAUAUUACAGAUGACUCAUUUUCUUCUGAAUGGAGUUGACAGAGCAUACCAGACAAACUUGGAGGAGGGGUGUAAGAAUGACCCCAGUGACCUCUCAUUUACCCCAAUCUUCCUAGAUCCUUACAUAACCAAGACUGGCAUCACUCAGCUAAGCCCAACUGAAUACCACGUCAACCCGAGGAAUAAAAAUCUCUUUGGCGUCUUGACGGUCAACAUCGAAUUUGGCGUCUGCUCCUGUAUCGCCGGGAGGGCGGGCUAUUACUGCGUCCAUCUCGCCUCUGUUUACAAGUUCUUCAAUGUCCCCAUCACGUCGAGGGCGCCGUUCGAGUUGUCGGAGGAGAAAAACCGCAUCUAUAAACUUGCCACAGGAAAGAAAAUCAUUCACGAGCAACUGCUAGACACCAUGCAACAGCUCGCCCAGGUCGUGGAAGCCAACAUGUCGACCCUGAAAGAGCCUAUCAAACACUUCAUCGAACAAAUCGAGAGAGCCGACUCGGCCUCAGGGCUCGUCACCGCUCUGGAGAAGUUCCAGGUUCUGACGAAAGAAGAGGAGGAGGAAGCGAAGGAUCGGAUGGAAAGAGAGAAGGUAGAAAAGGCAGAGGAGGCAAGAAGGGAGGAGGCGAAGAGGAGAGAGGAGGAAGAACAGAGGAGGAGAGCAGAGGAAAGAGUGAAGGAGGAGCAGCAAAGAAUGGAAGAGGAGGAAGAGAAGAAGAGGAAGGAAGAAGAGAAGCAGAAAGAGGAGGAAAAGAAGAGGAAGAAGGUGGAAAGACUAUCCUGGCUUUUCUCUGAGAAUACAAACCUUGAUGUGAAGACCAUCGUGAGCUCUGAAAAGGUACCAGAUAAGAAAGUGACGGAAGCAGAAGCGGGAAAGAAGCCACGUACGCCGAUCAUGACACCAGGACGGGCUGUGACGCGUGGUGUAACUCGCGUGCAAGACUCAGAAAACAAAAAGAAAACACCUGCAAAGAGACUAGCAAAGUCACGAAGAACUCAAUCCCCUUCAAAGCAAGCUGUACAAGCAGCCAAAACAUAUAUAGAUAGCUUAGAAGAAGAGAACGCAAAGGACAAGAAUCUGAUCAUGCUUAUGACGGAUGAGGGAGGGAUGUUGGUGAAAGGAACAGUGGCCGAGAUGGCAUCGCUAGGUAGGGUGCUUGUCAUUAAUAAGCCAAUCACGGACCAGCAAGUUGGUAUGGUGGUGAUGAAGGACAAAAAGAAGGGGAAGAAAAAAGGGAAGUCGUGACACGAGAGCAUGAUCGGUGGGAAUUGACCAAUCGGAUGCAAGAUGCUGACCGCAUAGGGGCAUGGAUGAUGUUCAGGCAACCAAUCAAAGAUCAGCAAGUCGUGCCAUAAAAAAAUGAUCAGUUGGCACUGACAGAUCAGAUGCGACAUGUAUUCAUGGGCAAAUGAUCAUGUUAUGCCAUCCUGUUGCUGAUUGGCAAGUCGUGGUCAGGGAAAAGUCAGGGAAUUUGGAAAAUUUGUGAAAAGUCAUGGAAUUGCAUUUACCUCUUGGCUCCAGUUUGUCAUGUCUCGCAACGUUCAUGAUUUUUCCCAGUUUUGUGACAUCCCAAAUUCUACAUAACUCACGGGACGUCACAAGCAGUCAUGGAAAGCAGCAAUUUAGUCAUGGAAAAGUCUUGGAAUUCUGUUUUCAAAUUUCUCUGGGAACCCCGAGUUGGUACUGACCAAUCACAUGGGAGGGUCAGUCCUGCUAGCCAAUCAAAGAUCAGCAAGUCACAUGCCAUCAAAACAUGAUCAGUUGGUACUGACCAAUCAGAUGGAAGGGGCAGUUCCACUAACCAAUCAAAGAUCAGCAAGUCACAUGCCAUCAAAACAUGAUCAGGUGGAACUGACCAAUCAGAUGCAAGAUGAUGAGUGCAUGCGAGCAAGAUGAUGAUCUGCCAUCCAGUCAUAGUUCAGCAGAUUGGCAUGGUGAUGAUGAAAGGUGAAAGAUAUGGAGUCGUGUAAAAAAAAAAAGCAUAGUCCAUUGAAACUGACCAAUCAGAUGAGAGAUGAUGUAUUCAUGGGGGCAUGAUAAUGUCUGUGCAGCUGAUCACAGACCAGCAAGUCAUUUCAUUUGAUUCUGUUCGAACUCAUUUUUAGAUCGUUACCACAACUGGUAUUUAUCUUUAAAUCAGAAAGCUACCAUCUGUGUAGGUAGGGAUAUGGAUGCACAUAAUUUAAUGAACUUCUCUUAAGCUAAAGCUGGAUCAAAAUAUAGCCAAAUCCCUUUUGUGGUGCAAAGAAAUAACCAAAAAUAAUUUAUUUGUUAUUUUUGGUCAUUUUGUUAUUGUGAUAACUGUUAUCAUUGUUAUUGUUGCCAUCAUUUUCAUGAUAUUCAUCUCCACCAUCAGUUAUCAUCAUCUUCAUCAUCGUUGUCAUUGUUGUCAUCAUCAUUAUUAUCAUUCAUCACCACCAUCAUCAUCGUUGUCAGUCAUUUCAUCAUCAUCAUCACUGCCACCACCAUCAUCAUCACCAACAUCAUCGUUGUCAUCUUCACCAUCGUCAUCACCAUCAUCUUCACCACCAUCAUCAUCACAUGAUCUUCGUGAUAAUUAUCUUCACCAAGCCUUAUGAAAUGAAUGUUGAAUAAAUAACAGAAAUUGGAAAAAA